UGGGAGCCGAAACGUCUUGAUUCUGAAAACAGUGUCCAGAUGACUACGACUGAAACCUUUUCUACGAUAGAACACUCCUGGACGAAUGAGGGACUACACCGUCUUCUUCAAAUGUACAAAACUGGGCUGUAGAGCCCACAAACAGCAGGUGGCGGUAAUCCAGUGCAACGGCCGCCAACUACUGUUAAUUUGAACACGAAGAAGAAAAGCGUCACCAUUCAAAACAAUACUUCAAGUUCCGCCUGUCGGUCUGGCGCCGUGUCCUCAUGAAGAUGUCUCAAAAUAAUCCCGACAAAGACGACCAAACGUCAGUUGACAAAAAAAACAUCUCCCUCCCAAUCUCCAGAGUGAGGUUGAUAAUGAAGAGCUCCCCUGAUGUCUCCAGCAUCAACCAGGACGCUCUUUUUCUCACCACCAAGGCGACAGAGCUGUUUGUCCAACACCUGGCUCUGUCCUCAUUCAACAACGGCUCCGGGAAAGAAAGCAACAGCCUGUCGUACAGCGACCUGGCUCACACCGCAGAGGAGACGGAAACUUUCCACUUUCUCACAGAUAUCCUACCUAAGAAGAUCUUGGCUCGAGAAUACCUCAAGUCUUUGGAACAAAUGCGAGAAGAGGAAGCUGACUUUUAAAAAGGACACUGGCUGAAUUUCACUUCUGGAUAGAUGUUAUGUAGGGAAAAUGUGAAAUCAAAUGAAGAUUCAGAGAUCACAACAACAUGCAGAGUCAUAGAGGAACAUAGAAGUUGUACCAUAUGUCUGAGAUAAAUACUUGAUACCAGAAAGCUAAAUUUGUAACACUGGCGUAAACAAAGCAACCUUAGAUGAAUCAUAGUGCGAUCACCCCUCAAGUUCUCUGCAGAAUUGAUCACCUCUACAAAGACAAUAUUUUUGUGUAGGCUAAAGUACUGUUGUUGCUAAUAAAUGAUGCACUUGAAUAGUAAUUUUGAACAUUUUAGGAUUUCAGAACAAUUAAGCAUUUGGCCCGAAUUCCUGAAGGUUUUCUGGUAGCAGUGUUAUAAGUUUCAGGCUUGUUUUGCAUGCACAACAAUCAGGAGGGGUGAAUUGUUCUUCCCUAACAACUUGCAGGCCUAUCUGAGCUCACUCCAUGUAACAGACCAAGACAUAAUGGGAAUCCAUUCCACACAGCUGGAGCACAGAUGUCUCAGCUCCUGAGUUAUUAUUGCCUUUAAAAUAUGAUCGGGUGAACACUUUAUUUUCGAGAUGCUGUCAAACAUUGAUUUUCAAAGUGAAAUAUACUGAUGUUACUGAUUCUAAGUUAUAUAUGAUUGUUUAAAAAAAAGAUAUAGUCGUGUUUAAGUUGUGAGUAUCAUAAAUACUUGAAAGUUGUUUGAACUAAUCAAAAGUACAAACACCUCCUUUUUUUCCAGCUUAACUACAAAGAACCUGAACAUGCUGUGUCUUUUCAAAUGAAAACUCACCCUCAGCCUAAUAGAUGUGACUAUUUAAAGUGUAUAUAACAGCUGACCACCUUACAAAGCAUCUUCCUCAUAAACAUACAAAUUAAUUGUUUAGAUUUGAUAUUAAAAUAAAGAUUCAUGCUGUCUGAUA